CGCUGCUCCCGGAGUAGUUGGUGCCAGUGAAGUGCGGGAGGCGAUGAGAGCGAAAGUUGCGCUGGGCUCGGCGCUGGGGGCUUGAAGCGGCUCCGCGCUCCGCCCGCCUGGGCCUCCCCCAGCGCCAACUCGUGCGCGUGGGCUCCCGCCGCGCCCGCCGGCCCCGCGCCCACCCGCGCCCCCUCCCCCCGGCCCGGCGACCCCUCCUCAGGAGCCGCGGGUCCCCGCCACUUUCGCCCGGCCCCGGCCCCCGCCGAUGCCGGCCAUGGUGGAGAAGGGCCCCGAGGUCUCAGGGAAGCGGAGAGGGAGGAACAACGCGGCCGCCUCGGCUGCCUCAGCCGCCGCCGGCUCGGCAGCCACCGGCUCGGCCGCCUCCGCCCCGGCCGCCGUCGCCUCCGCCCCGGCCGUCGCCGCCUCCGCCUCGGCCGCCGCCCCCAAUAAUGGCCAGAAUAAAAGUUUGGCGGCGGCGGCGCCCAAUGGCAACAGCAGCAGCAACUCCUGGGAGGAAGGCAGCUCGGGCUCGUCCAGCGACGAGGAGCACGGUGGCGGCGGCAUGAGGGUCGGACCCCAGUACCAGGCGGUGGUGCCCGACUUCGACCCGGCCAAAUUGGCAAGACGCAGUCAAGAACGUGACAAUCUUGGCAUGUUGGUCUGGUCACCUAAUCAGAAUCUGUCAGAAGCAAAACUGGAUGAAUACAUUGCCAUUGCCAAAGAGAAGCAUGGGUACAACAUGGAACAGGCCCUUGGGAUGCUCUUUUGGCAUAAGCAUAAUAUUGAAAAAUCAUUGGCUGAUUUGCCCAACUUUACCCCCUUCCCAGAUGAGUGGACUGUGGAGGAUAAAGUAUUGUUUGAACAAGCCUUUAGUUUUCAUGGGAAAACUUUUCAUAGAAUCCAACAGAUGCUUCCUGAUAAAUCUAUAGCAAGUCUAGUGAAAUUUUACUACUCUUGGAAGAAGACAAGGACUAAAACUAGUGUGAUGGAUCGCCAUGCUCGGAAACAAAAACGUGAGCGAGAGGAGAGUGAGGAUGAACUGGAAGAAACAAAUGGAAAUAACCCCAUUGACAUUGAGGUUGAUCAAAACAAGGAAAGCAAAAAGGAGGUUCCCCCUACUGAGACAGUUCCUCAGGUCAAAAAAGAAAAACAUAGCACACAAGCUAAAAAUAGAGCAAAAAGGAAACCCCCAAAAGGAAUGUUUCUUUCUCAAGAAGAUGUGGAGGCCGUUUCUGCCAAUGCCACUGCUGCUACUACGGUGCUGAGACAACUAGACAUGGAAUUGGUUUCAAUCAAACGACAGAUUCAGAAUAUCAAACAGACGAACAGUGCUCUGAAAGAAAAACUUGACGGUGGAAUAGAACCGUAUCGACUUCCCGAGGUCAUUCAGAAAUGUAACGCACGCUGGACCACAGAAGAGCAGCUUCUUGCCGUACAAGCCAUCAGGAAAUACGGCCGAGAUUUUCAGGCAAUCUCAGAUGUGAUUGGGAACAAAUCAGUAGUACAAGUGAAAAACUUUUUUGUAAAUUAUCGACGCCGCUUCAACAUAGAUGAAGUUUUACAAGAGUGGGAGGCAGAGCACGGUAAAGAAGAGACCAAUGGGCCCAGUCACCAGAAACCUGUGAAGUCCCCGGACAAUUCCGUGAAGAUGCCUGAAGAGGAAGACGAGGUAAGUCUGACACGAGACCCCUCCACCCUGCCAGCUUCAUGCCUGGUGUUCUGGCCAGUGUCUAAAGCGGUGACUUUCCUCAGCUGUAGAAAUAUUUUUAGGUUUCAGCUGUAUCAGUAUAAGUUUCAGCUGUAUCAACUUAUCUUUUACCUGGAAAUCCCCUGACACGUGUGUGUUGACUCCAGUCACUUCCUGGUCACUGUAUAUUAUUCACAUUUUAGUUUCUUGGCAAAUUCUUUAUUUCUUCCUGCUUUCCUCCAACCACAAAAUAUUCCACACUAUCAAUACAGUAAAAUCUAUCAUGAAACAGUAGGUUGGAAGUGCCUUGAGGAAGUCAAACUCAGCCAUAUAGCACGUCGUCACGUCACUGUGCAGUCUAUGAACUCCCUGGGUGAGUCUGACAGCCAGCCUGAGCGCCUGAAGUGUGUCCCUGCUUCCACACCUUCCAGCCUUGGGUGCUGUUUGGAGCUGACUGGCCCCAAAUACUGAUGAGGAUGAUUCUGUGGCUGGCUGGAACUUUUAAGGUGGUGGCUGACAUUCUAGUCAUUUCCAGAAUGGCAGCACUGGCCUCAUCUGCCCAGUCAGCCGAGAUUAGACAGGAAGAUUACUCGGGCUGCAGAGACCAUCUGCAGUCUCCCUGCUCCCUCUGCCAGGGUUGCUGGCCCUUUCCCCAUCUGUCCUGCCCCACAUUUCAUCUCCGCCCCUCUCCCAGAGCAGAGGAAAGAGUUCAUUGCCAGUCACUUAACAUCUGCAUUUGUUCCCUGAGGUGUGCAAACGUGAGGUGAAGGCUGUCACAUCCAACCUUGUAUUGAGGAAAGGGCGUGUAGGUAUGCUAAAAUGACAAGGGUAGAGAUAGUCUCACCUGAAAUUAUGAAAUGAUUACUAGUGGUAAUUAUACAUUACCACUGGUAAUGUAUAUUUGGUAAUGGUAAUGAAGUCAGGAGAACUCUCCUGACUUCACCAAGAACAGCUCUCAUAACUUGUGGUUUCAGCUAAAGGAACAGCUAUGUUCAGGCUUGGCUGCGUGGCCCAGUUUCCCCCACAGUGAGGCGCUGCGAGUUGCCACGGAACAGUUAGGUUUGGGUCUGGGAGUCAGUUUUGGAAAAAUGGGAGAGGGGAGUUAGGAGAUGCCUUGUGGCUCUGAAAGAAAUUCUGUGAUCUUGUGUGUUCCUGUAUCCCAGCAGAAACCCACGGCUGUUGCGGGUGGGCGGGGUGCUGCGGCAUCCCUGAGCCAGUGAGAGCGGUCACGCUCUUGCCACGCCGAAGCGCUGCGUGCCGAGCCCAGUGCCCUCGUGCCCUUUCCAGGUGUUUGUAUUUGCUCCUAUGACGUGUGGGCAUUAUUAUUGUUUGUGUUCCACAGAUGAGGAAACAGAAGUUCAAGGAGAAUGAUAACUCAUCUGAGUUAACAUCAUUCAGAUGUGGCCAAGCCAGGAUUUGCGCCCAAGACAUCUGGCUGUAGAGGCCACGCUCUUAUCCCGCCCAUAGGAGCACGUGUGUUUGUACCCCGCCCCCUCCCUGUCAGCUCACUGGAAUGAGGAGUUUGUGGGAGUGACCUGCUCUUUGAUGCUUUUUUCUUCUCCCCCCUCAGGCUGCUUCUGUUCUUGAUGUCAGAUACGCAUCUGCCUCGUGAGAAACUUGGGUAGCUUUGAACACUUGGUAUGGACUACUGUGUUAUCCAGGAUAUCAGGUAUUCCGAGACAUCACCUAGCCAUCUGCAUCACAUCUCUGUGGACAAGCAGCUAUUACCAAAAAAGGCAUACACUUCAGUCCUGUGCUACACCUGCCUUAAUUCUUUGCUCGUUCCUCCAUUCUGGCACCACUUCCCAGAGAGCUCCGUCGCACUCUCUCUGCCUAAGUGCUCGGGAGCCUCCCGGCUGCACAUCGCUUGUGACUCCAGGAGCCGCCUCCCCUGUCAGAGCCCGCAGGGCCCCAGCCGUGCCAGUUCUUCCCAGUCGACAGCUUCGGGACAGGGUGUCUAUCAGAAGGCCGCAUCUGCUCCUGCAUGGCCUGCGAUUUCUACUUUGUGCAUAGUUCUCAGAGUAACUGCGACCCUGUUGGCCCUCUAGAAAGUUUCUCUUGUUCUUUUCUGAGACAACCACCUAAGUGAGAUCAUGCUUCUUUGGAAACCACACCAUAUUGGCAGACUGUAUGGUAACCCCUAUCGUGCCAAGUGUCUUGCUGCAAGUCACAUUUUCCUAAACAUAGGGUCUAAUUAUGGUUUAGAAAUUUAGUUGGCUUAUUUUAAACCUCUCCCUUCUCCCUUCCCAAGUAUUAUAGUAAAAAUCUCAUUCACAAAAACUGUCCUUGGACAUUGAAGCUUAAAGGGAACGUGGACCUCAAUGCUUUUCUGCCUUCAACUUUCAACAUUGUGAUCCUGGGGUGGGUGCCACCCCUUCUUUUCCUCACCCCCACCCCCUACCACCACCCCCCAACUCCAAGAGAUUCAGUCCAUAUCACUGUACCUGGUGCUUGUACAUUUGGAAUUGGUGCCUUCUCCUUUUGGCAACCAUGUCAUCAACCCUUUUUCUGUUUUGGUGUCUUCUUUAAAGUUUAUUGCUAGCCAAAGAUGACAUCAGUGAGAUUAGGAGACGGGAGAGCUUGCUGCAGAUUCUGACAGUGCAGAUUUUAAAUGUCAGGUUAGCUCAGUAACAGAUAUUAGAAUAGCUGGUGAUGGUUUUGUAAAAGCGGCACAUUGUUCCCCAUUUCUCUUGCUAUGUCUGGCCUUUGAUAUGGCACUCCACAUGUCCGUUUGCAUCCUUCAUGUACUGAUGUGGCCACACAAACACCUUCCCCUGUCUUAAUAUCAGAGUACAGGACAGAGCGGUGAUGAGUAUAUUGUUCUAGUGAGAGCAAGAUAAAAAGAAUCUACAAAGCCGUAUGUAAUGCCUUUUGGUUGGACUGGGAACAAGUAAAUUUUUCUAAGAAAUGUUUUGAGACUUCCAGAAUCACUUUUGUUCUCCUACCAGACCGUGGGCCUGCGGGGGGCUGAGGAGCACCUGUCAGACUGCAUUCUAGCACAGCCUGCUCCUGCGGCCGGCUCACACUGCACUACACACGUUCAAGUAGCUGUUGUUGUUGUUGCUGUUUGCAUCGUUUAAAGAUUUUUUUCUGCUUUCAAUACCAAAAAGAAAAAAAUGCCGAUGCUUUAAGGCAUAACCAGAAUUCUUAAGAAUUUAAAAUAUGCAAUUAAAAUUUGAUGUUUUGACUCCCAAGCACCUUGCCUUUUUUUUUUUUAAGUAAGCUGAUUUUCUCUUAGAGAGAGGGUCAGCUAGAAACCUAGGUUUCUUGAAAUUGUACAUUCUUUUUUAGAAGUCUGGAGAGAGGUCAUUCAAAAGGGACUUUCCCAACUUUUAUCAUCUUGUCCCUACACCAGGUGUCUGUCAGUCAAGUCAAAGCCUGUGAAGGACAGCGUCAGAGGAGGCCCCACGUGCCACUCCUGCCUGGGGACAGGGUGGCACAGGAACACUAUUAAGGAAGCAGGGGCUUCUGUUACCGUAGCCUGUUGGAUAAUCGAAGGGUGGCAGGAAGAACGUGGGAAGGAGUCGCCUACGUUUUGCAUAUCACUGAAGGGGACACUAAGGCACAGACUGAAGCUUUGGGUUCUCCUUGCUUCCCUCCAAACCUCCUUCCUGCUUCCCUACAGAAGCAGUAGGCGAUGGCGGCAGUGGGUUUCUCGCUCUGCCUGGAGGUGUGUUUCUCUCUUCCCACCCAGGCUGCUUUCCUUAGGAAGUGAUCCCUCCUGGCACUGCUUGGAAGCUUGAUGCUGAUUCUUACACAGCAAGGCAUGGCAGUGAGCAGUGCCAGGCGGUCAUCUGUAUUCUGCACUAUCCCCUCAUGUGGCUCCGGCGCUGGAUGACGGACUCCGGCCCGGAGGAGUGACCAUGCUGGUGCACUUGUGAUCACAGCAGCUGAAUUCAGCUUUCUCCCUAAGGGGAAGGAGCAUGUCACUUUCAUUUGACAGAGGGAAAAAAGGGUAGUUGUCUUUGCCUAACUGCCUUUGUUGUAGUUUCAUGCAUAAGAUAGCACUGUGUUUUAAACUUUUUUUCAUUACACUGUCUUUGCAAUGAUGUAAAUGCAAGAAAUCACUUAGCUUUAAAAGCUAAGCGGUUCGGUCUUAUUUAUGUGAAGACUCUUUAACAUAUCAAGAAUUAGGUGCAUUGGCAGGUAGUGUUUGGGAUGUGAUGACUGCUUCAGAUGGAAUGUUCACUUAAGCUUUGUCUUCUUAAAAAUUAUCAAUGUGAAUGUCAUAAUUAUAUAUAUUUUUGUGGAAAAUUUCUCCUAAGUAUAAGUUAUUGUGCAAAAUAUAGUAUCAUUGACGCAAAUAAUAGUUUAACUUUUAGUUUAGAAAUCCUAAAAGAUAUAAAUUGUAUUGCAUAUGCAUUAAAACUUUGUUCUAUUUAAUUUUAUGUAGAUGUGUAAAGUGUUAGGUAAAAUUUUUUUUCACUUAUCCAUUUAAACACCUUGUUACUUGAAUAUUGUGUUGACUGGUCUGCAACAGUGAUCAAUUCUGUAAUAUAGCUCUUUUAACCAGGAAGUACCCGUGCCUCAGUCACACUGGCUAGAUUGGUGGUGGCACACAGUCGGCGCCAGAGGUUAGUGUAACACGCCCACGCAUCGUCUCGGUGUGGAGUAUUUGUCAAGACACUGCUUCCUCAGAAUGGUUUUUGAUAGUUUUUAGGCUCUAAGACCCUUUGAUAUGCUCAUAAACCUCUAAUCUAAAAACAAAAUUGAAAAAGUAGUUGGGUUUUAAAAGCUUAUUGUGGUGGACUAAUUAAGCAGUUUUCUAUUGAUAUAAAGUUUCCUCAACUAUCACACACCACUCUAAGUGUGCUCAUUGUCACUUUAAAUUUUAACUAUACCCUAUUUUUGUGUUUCUGAAUAUCAGAUGUACUAUUGGUAUAAUUGCACACCAAAAAUAAGCCAAACAGUGCAUUACACUAACUGGAUCCCCGCCUUUGUGUGAGUAAUGCGAAGAUGGAGGCAACCCAGAUGAGAGCCUCUUUUUUCUCUCUUGUCUAGCCUGUUUCUACAGCUAAUGACCGAGGAUUCAAGCUUUUAAUAUCAGUGAAACUUUGCCUCGAAUUGACUCAAGGUAGUUAGGUCAUCAAAAUCUAGUGAUCUUGUGCAAUGCUGUUUCUGCCACUCCCUGGAUCUCUGCAGCUUUUCCUAAUUGUAGUAAAGCACAAUUGCAGCGACGUCGCAGUUCGGAAGAGGAAGGUCAGCAUAGCCUAUGCAUGUUGUGUAAUCAUGAGUGUUUACAGCCACCUUCUCCUAAGAUGAAAGUUUAUACUGGGGUGGGUAGUGUUCCAUUACGUAGACUUAUCGACUUUGCUAAGUGCUUUUUAGACUGCUAAAAAAUUUUUCAAGAUUUUAAAAGAUGUAUAAGGUUAAGUUUGGAAAUAUAAUGGAAAUGCUGUAUAUCUUUUGAAGUGAUAAAAUCCAUGUUGGAAUUUUAAAGGAAAUAUGUUGUAAUAAUGCUGUUGUAAGUAAUAUUUUAUUGUCUCUCUUUGCCUGUUUUCUAUUUCAGCACAUUCAUUGUGGUGAAUGUCCAUAGCAUUAUAACCGCUUAGCCAUUGAAUGAUAACAUUUGUUAGUGGAAAUCGGAAAAUUUAUUUGUGAAAUUCUGCAGAAUUCAUUUUUCUAUUUCCAAUAUUUGCUGAAGUUAAAUAAAAAUUUUCAAGCCAUUGAUGUAAUAAAAUAUGAAACAAAA